AUGAGGCAAGCUUCUAUUUCCGCCCUACUGGGUGCUGCCCUCAUUCCAGGUGUCUUUGCUGGUCUCGGCAAAUGGGUUGGUGGAGGCGACUGUCCAUGGGGUGACAAAACAGCUUCAAACACACAUCCAAAUGAUUAUCCCGACACAGGGGUUACAAGAUAUUACGAUUUCACCAUCUCUCGUGCAACACUAGCACCCGAUGGCGUCCAGCAAUCGAUGAUUGUCGUCAAUGGCCAGUAUCCCGGUCCCUUGAUCGAGGCAAAUUGGGGUGAUUGGAUCGAAGUGAAUGUUCACAAUGAAAUCCACGGACCGGACGAUCUCACUCUCAUGCAUUGGCAUGGAUUGAACCAGCCCGGGACUCAAUACUACGACGGCGUUUCAAGUAUAUCGCAAUGUCCAAUUGUUCCAGGUGCCAACUUGACCUAUCGAUUCCGUGCCGACGAGCAAGGAAGUUCUUGGUACCACUCCCAUUAUUCUGCUCAAUACUCCAACGGAGUGGUUGGACCGAUCGUAAUCCAUGGGCCUAAUGAUGUUAACUACGAUGAGGAUCUGGGACCAAUUCUGUUCUCGGAUUGGUUUCACGAUUCGUAUGAACACCUUGUCGACCUCGUCCUACAGCCAACCAACGGCCCGCCCUUCAGACCUCUUUCAGACUCUAACCUGGUUGGAGGAAAGGGUCAAUAUCCUUGCGCCAACGUCACGAACGGUGCUGCAUGCACAGUCAACCCAUAUGCUUCAUGGGAGGUUGAGCCCGGCAAGACCUACCGUGCCCGUUUUGUCAACACCGGUGCGACCGCGUUCGAGUCGAUUUCUCUGGACGGCCAUACUUUCACGGUCAUUGCAGAAGACUUUGUCCCCGUUCAACCAUAUCAAACCGACUUCGUGACAAUCGGUGUUGGACAGCGAACUGAUGUUAUUUUCACUGCCAAUGCCGGAUCAGGGUCGUUCUUCCUACGUGCAUUCAACAGCCCUUGCGGAGACACAAAUGGUCCUGACGGCAGAGGCAUAAUCUACUACAAAGGAACAGAUCCGUCGGUAACUCCUACAAGUCAGCCCAAGCAAGGGACUCCAAACCCGACCUGUGGAAACAAUCCCCUAUCCUCAUCAGUCCCACAAUACGCCAUACCAGCCGCAGAGCCCGACCAAACGAUCACACUCACGAUCGGAGGUAAACCAGACGCGCAAGGAAUUUUCCGCUGGUCGUUCAAUGACAUCAGCUUUGUCGGCGACCUCGACCAACCAGCCCUCUUCGACGCCGUCGCAGGAAUCAACCUCCCACCUCAACGCAACGUCUACCUGACGGGCACGGCGCAAACAGUGCGCAUCAUCGUCAUCAACACCCUCCCAGCACCGCACCCGAUGCACAUCCACGGGCACGACUUCCAAGUCCUCGCCGAAGGCCAGGGGACAUGGGACGGUACGAUCGUGAACCCAUCGAACCCAUCGCGGCGCGACGUGCACAUGUCGUGGGCGGGCGCGGAAAACGGCGCGACCAACUACCAAGUGAUCCAGUACACGCAGGACAACCCGGGGGUGUGGCCGUUCCACUGCCACAUCGCAUGGCACCUGUCGGCGGGCAUGAGCAUCCUGCUGCUGGAGCGGCCGGACGAGAUCGCCAAGAUCGAGAUCCCCGCCGCCGUCACCGACACCUGCUCCGCCUACACGGCCUGGCAGGCCGCCAACCCAGCCGUGCCCGUCGACGACGGCCUCCGGAAGCGCGACCUCGCCAAGCGCAUGGUGGAGUUCAUGAAGGGCCACGCCCACGCCGACAAGCACCACAACAAGCGCGGCUACCGUGGCUUCUCCUUCAAGGACAGAGACACCGGAAGCCUCGGCUCCGGCAGGGUUGAGGAUAAUCUGGCCCACAAGCGGGACGAGGUCUGA